UGCUCUUGGCUCAAAACAUUAGUUUUUGUAGGAUUUAAAGGGAUUAGGGUUAAUUUUUUUCGUGGAGUAUGAGCCUUGAUUCUUUGAACAAAGUCUAGUCUCGGGGCGGACUGGCUGUAAGUGGAAUUCUGUGACUCAGUGGGGAUAUAAUAAAGUGCUUUGUCAUUUGCAGAUAGUCUUAGGGUCAAAUUCUGAUGACUUAUCACACUUGAAGCUUGGGAAGAGGAGGCAUGGCCUGAUAGAAUGAGUACAUUAUUCUUGGAAACCUAGUUAGAGUUUGGCAAACACCCAGAAAUUCGUACAUGAAGUUUUGCUUCUACAUAGGACUCAAGCCUUGGAAGAAAGGAGACUUGAUACCAUCCUGCUGUCACCAUCAAGUACCACACAUCAACUAAUCUUACAGGAUUAGCAUAAAAUAGUUUCCCCGCCCUGGGGCGGCGCUCGCGCUCGUGGCCUCGCGGCUCCCCCAGCCCAGCUCCCCUGCUUUCGGAGCCCAGCGCCGCCGCCAUGUCUUCCGGGGCCAGCAUGAACGCCCUGCAGCGUCUGGUGGAGCAGCUCAAGCUGGAGGCCGGCGUGGAGAGGAUCAAGGUCUCGCAGGCAGCUACAGAGCUUCAACAGUACUGCAUGCAGAAUGCCUGCAAGGAUGCCUUGCUGGUAGGUGUUCCAGCUGGAAGCAACCCCUUCCGGGAGCCCAGAUCCUGUGCUUUAUUCUAAAGGCUGUAAGGAAGAAGUUCACUGAGGAAUGCUUUUAAGCGCAAAGUGAUGAAUGACUAACUGCCUCCAAGUCUCAAGAAAACACUUUUCUCCAGACAAAUGACUUAGAUAUUUCAGACCUUUCCUUGGCCUGGUCCUAUAGCCAAAAUUCUAUAGAAAUUGAUGAGUUUCUACUCAGAUAAGGAAACUGGGUGAGGGGGAAGACUAGAUAAUAAUGGUCAGACUCUUUUGGUAAAGUGCUUUUAUAUUAAACAAAAAUGUUACCACCAAAUACACCUCUUUCAUAAGCGAAUUAUUGGUGUUUCUAUACCUGGAAUAUUACGUUUGUUUUAUUUACUGGAUGUUUACAUUUUGGGAAGGCAAACAUUUUUGUUUGUUAAAAAAUUGAAUAUUUGUAAUUUGUUCCUAAGAUUUUUAUACCAUAACAAAACUGUUCUUUUCUCCUGAAUUUACAGUUUCUAAAUGAAGACAAGCAAGUGUAAAACUGGGGGAAGAAUAGGCUUUAUUAAUCAAAUGAUGUCUUGAUUUUUCUAAACGAGAAGAGAAGAUUGCUUUAUUUUUAACACUAAAUAUGGGAGCUGUUUCUUAGCAAACUUGUUUGGAAAGAUUCAUGUUGUGUUGUGUAUUAGAUUGCCCCAUCUGUGUAUGAAGCAGAUUUGGUCUUUGUCUUCUUAAGUUCCUCUACUUUAUAGUUGUGGUUGUACUUAAAAAACAAAAAACAAAAAAACACACCAUUAUCUCAUGUCUUUAAAAAAAU